AUGUGCAAAUUAUUUUUCGUGCGAAAACACUCAGCUGUGGUUACUUUUCUUUGGAAAGGUAUUAGAUUUUGUGGUGCAUUAGAAUUUGCAUUACGCGGACAUGAUGAAACCCAAGAAUCCAAAAAUAAAAGAGUGUUCCGAGAAUUGAUAGAUUUUAGUUCUGAAUUAGAUGCAGAUUUAAAGAAACAUUUCCACAAAGCAACAGUAUUUAAAGGGACCUCUAAGACCAUACAAAACGAACUAUUGGACUGCAAGCUUGGCGUUUACCAUGAAGAAGUAGCUAAAGAAAUUAAAAAACGAAUUAUGUAG